AGGGCAUCGUUGGUGCUGAAGGCGGAGUGCUUGGUUGAGCUCAGUCUCAGCGCUUGUGCUUCUCUCGUAGCUUGGAACACAUUUUUUGAACUUCAGGACUACGGAGGAAGCAAGCGGGAGUGGAUGACUUAAGAGCAACUAGGGUUCAUUUAAGUGUUCCUUUUAAACUUCUGUCGUUGAUGUCCUGUUUUAAUUCAGAGGUUGUCGAUGAAAUAACAGCGCGUUUCACAACUUUGAUGGAAUUUGGAAGUAAUUCUUGCAAUUUGUCAGACGGAUACAAUGUGACUGUUCCGACCAAAUGAGUAGGUUUACUGAGAAGGAUUGCUGUCCGGUCUGAUCAGGUGAACUAAAUAACAUGGGUAAACUUCAAUCAAAACAUGCCUGUAAACGAAGGGAGAAUCCAGAGGGAGACAGUUUUGUUGUAAACGCGUUUAUAUCAAGGAGAGGGGCUGAAGAAUGCGAGAGGUACGGCGCGUCGGAACACAAGCUGAAGGAUAUCCAGGAGAUACCAGGCGGCGAGCUGAAGGAGGGUCAAUUCCUGCAGCAUCACUGUCCCCUAGAGGUGGUGUUGCCCCCAGAGAAGGCGGAGGGCUGUGAGAGCCUGCUUCAGUACCUCCACGCUGAGGACGGCGAGCGGGAGGCCCACAGGGAGUCCACCAAAGGGAAGAAGCGCAUCAGUCUGGAUGACCUGGAGUGUGAUGUGUCCGUGGAAGAUGAUAAUCGUCAGGAGUGGGUCUUCACUCUUUACGACUUUGACAACAGCGGAAAAGUCACCAAGGAGGACAUGUCCAGUCUGAUGCACACCAUCUACGACGUGGUGGACGCCUCGGUCAACCACUCAGGCCACACUAAGAGCAAGACGCUGCGGGUGAAGCUGACGGUCACCCCGGAGCCCAACACGCGGCGGAGAGAGACCAUCAGCUCAGGAGCAGAGCGAGAGGUGGGUCGCUGUCACGCAGAAGAGAACCGUAAACACGUCUCUCAAGUCAGAGGCCAGAGCAGUGACCCGCCAGAGGGCCAGCACUACUGUGUGGACGAGAACACUGAGAGGAGAAAUCACUACCUGGACCUGGCUGGGAUUGAGAACUACACCUCGAGGUUUGAAGCCCCCCAGGAGCAGCCGAUGCCGCGAGGCCCCCACCCCCAGAGCCGCUCGCGCUCCCAGGAGCCCGAGGUCCACGCAGCGCACCAGCGCCGCUCGCAGGUCAUCGGGGAGUACUGCAGCGCCGUGGAGCCCCGCGCCGGCCGAGGGCCCCAGUUCCUCAAGUCGCCCAAAGGCGCCGGCAAAGCGGCCCUGGCGGCGCUGGUGGGCGCCCACCCGGCCGGGGGCAAGUCGGGCCGUUGCCACGGCUACCACGCGCCGCUGCACCACAGCGCGUCGGCGGGGUCCCACGGCGGUCAGGACGUGUAUCACCUGACCCAGCAGAGCCAGCCGCCCGCCACGCUCCACCACCAGCACCAACACCAGCACCCGCUUCAGCACAGCCACAGCAAGCGGCUGCGCGCCAAGGCCCGGGACGCCCUCUCGCCCACCAAGGGCCCCCAGCACCAACACCAGCACCAACACCAACACCAGCAGCAGCAGCAGCCUCCGCCCGCCACCCCGCCGGGCCUGGAGCGAGAGCAGCAGCAGCAGCAGGCGCCCGUCCUGCCCGGCAGCCCCGGGUUCGUGGUGCCGGUGGUCCAACGCCACGAGCACCACCACCACCACGAACACCACCACCAUCACCACUAUCACCACUACCACCAGACAUGAUCGCGUGCGUCUCACGCGCACACACACACACACACACGUCUAUACACUCCCACAUCCCUCCUCACACACUCACAGAGAACCACCAGGAAGCAUCGGAGGACAUCGGCGGACAUAGGCCGUGUCCGGCUGAAGGACACAGCAGCCCAGGGGGGCGAUGUUAGUCCUCCGGUCACCAAGUCUGCUUUGCUCAGGGUCGCUGAGAUGGCGAGACUUUGCUCCAGCCAUAAUAAACUGUGGAUACCAGAGGGAAGGGACUGCUGAUGGUCCACAAUAAACACUUCUAUUCGGACAGUCCAACCCAGGCUAGCAGAGAUCCCCAGCUGUGUGUGGAGAUGGAUGAAAGGAUUUUGAUGCCAUGUUCCUUUGAUGUUGUCGUUGACUUCUUUGUCCUCUUUGAGGUUGUAUGAGUAAACUCAAGAGCUUUCAACUAACACUUUCCAUGAGGCCGACACAUACUGCAUUGUAUACUCAUUUAUAUACGGAAUCAUAACAGAAAAUUAUUACUACGAAAAUUAUCACUACAGAAAAUUAUUCUACGACAAAAGAAAUAGAGACAUCCUAAUUUAAUAUCAGGUCAUAUUAAUCUGAAUGUGUAAACCCUUGAUUACACUCAUAGGGACAAUAGGAUAAAAUGUUAUGACUGCAUGGUCAAGUGUUAGAUGACUAAAGAUGCAUAAGGUGUGCUGGCUUCAUCAAAAGUGUUGUCAGGGUUCCAAAGUGUGGGUCUCAGGUGAACGGUGCUGCUCCUUGGCUUCUCUCGAAAGGCUGCUUCUCUCCCCCCACCUCCCUUGUCAACCCCCCCAAUCCCCUUCCCCUCGCCCCCAGAGCCCCUGCUGCUGAUGGAGGGACUCCCUCUCCCAGGGGGGAAGAACAUGAAAAUCACCACUGCCAGUUUUAAUGCAAAAUAACUUCUUAUAUAUGUGUCAGAAAUUCUAUAUGAAUAUAUACAAUUACUGUAUAAUUGUACUGCAUAUGCAUAUUUAUCUUGGUUUAUACAUAUGCAUAUAUGUCCUUUUUGUAUAUUUUAAUAAACAUUUACACUAAAUU